AUGAGGAAGCCGGCGGCGCUGGUGGCGUCUACGGCGGUUUUCGCAGCCGCAGCCAUAGCCGCCGUGAUGGUGCGCCAGAGGCUGCGGGAAGCGAGGCGGUGGGCACGCGCAGGCGCCGUGCUGCGGGACCUGCAGGAGCGGUGCGCGGCGCCGGCGGAGCGGCUGCGGCUGGUGGCAGACGCGAUGGCCGCGGAGAUGCGCGCGGGGCUGGCCUCCAACGACUCCGAGGGAGAGAGCGGGAGCAGCGUCCUCCUCAAGAUGCUCGUCACCUACGUCGACUCCCUACCCUCCGGGGGCGAGAAAGGGCUAUUUUAUGCUCUUGACCUUGGAGGAACAAACUUUCGUGUUUUACGAAUUCAGUUUGGGGGCAAGGAACAACGAAUAGUCAAUCAAGAAUCUAAAGGGGUAUCCAUUCCUCAACAUUUAAUGUCCAAUGGAUCAAAUGAGCUGUUUGAUUUUAUUGCUGCUGCUUUAGCAAAGUUCGUUGCCUCCGAGGGUGAGGGCUUUCAUCUUCCUGAGGGCAUGCAAAGGCAACUUGGUUUUACAUUCUCCUUUCCAGUGAAGCAAAAUUCAGUUGCAUCUGGCACUCUUAUCAAAUGGACAAAGGGUUUUGCAAUUGAUGAAAUGGUAGGAAAGGAUGUAGUGGCAGAAUUAAACAAGGCUAUCAAACGCCAAGGAAUUGAUAUGGAAGUCACAGCACUGGUCAAUGAUACAGUAGGGACAUUGGCUGCUGGGAGAUAUGUGGAUAAUGAUACUGUUGCUGCAGUUAUACUGGGUACUGGCACUAAUGCAGCAUACAUAGAACAUAUGAGCUCAAUUCCUAAAUGGUGUGGCCCACCUCCUGAGUCUGGAGACAUGGUGAUAAACGUGGAAUGGGGGAACUUUAGGUCCUCCCACCUUCCGCUGACUGAAUUUGAUGUAGCCUUGGAUGCAGAAAGUUUGAACCCUGGUGAACAGAUUUAUGAGAAGUUGAUCUCUGGCAUGUAUAUGGGGGAAAUCGUCCGAAGAGUCUUGCUAAAAAUGGCUCAGGAUGCUUCUCUUUUCGCAGACAAUGUACCUCCGAAGCUUGAGAUCCCAUAUAUCCUGAGAACAUAUCAUGUGCUGAUGAUGCAUCAAGACACAUCGCCUGAUCUCAGGACAGUUGGCAUCAACCUGAAAGAAAUCUUCGGGAUAGAAAACACAUGUUGCAAAACAAGGAAAUUGGUAGUGGAUGUUUGUGAGGUUGUUGCCACCCGCGGUGCACGACUUGCUGCUGCUGGGAUACACGGCAUCCUCAAAAAGCUUGGGCGAGACAUUGCCAGCCCUGAGAAACAAAAGACGGUGAUUGCUGUGGAUGGCGGAGUGUACAAGUAUUAUCCUUUCUUCGCCCAGUGCAUGGAGAGCACUCUAAGAGACUUGCUUGGGGAGGAAGUGGCGUCCUCUGUCGUGAUAAAACUUGCCGAAGAUGGCUCAGGCACUGGAGCGGCCCUCUUGGCAGCCUCCUAUUCUCAACGUUUCCAGGCUGUGGAUGAUUAA